UUUCCGGUCACACUGACAUGGGCACAAAAACAUUGGUUUCCGAAUAUGUGGAAAUUCAUCCAAAAAACGAAUACCUAAGUGCCAAAGAGCUAAUUGCUCAUCGUCACUCGGAGUUUGAACCUCAAAGUGGGGGAUUAAAGCGAACCCAAAAUGAGGGCACUGCCCAGGAACUUGAGGAGCUGAGGCGAGCGCAGGAACAACUGCGGGCUCAGUUGUCAGUGCCCCGCAUAGAAAGACUUGGAGGAAGAGCCCUGGCCAUCUGGAAUGAAGAGCAACAAGUGGCAGAAGUCCUGCGCAAAGAUGGCAAAUUUGAAAACUUUGGAUACAGUGAUCAGGGAAAACUAUACCUAGAAUACUACGAGGCUAUGUUCCUAUUGGAACUGGGACGUCUACAACUGGAGUACUACGGCUCAGUAGUUUCAAUAGAACAAGCUUAUGUGCUCCUUUUUGGCGAGCUGGAAAGCGAAAAGUACUCCAACUACCUGGUUUACUCGGCUUUAUCCCGAGCUGGUUAUAUAGUUGUCAGACACAAACCUCCUAAGGAAACUCCAGAGGAAGUUACUAGUGCAGAUUGCGUCUGGGCCCUGCUAAAGGAGAAAGUAGGAAACCAGCCAGUACCAGAGCAUAUUAAAACCUCGUCCUUUUACUCGACUGUUCAGAAACAAAUGGAACAUAUCAAGGAACUGAUUACAUCUCAGAAGACAGAAGAUCCUAAAAUUACAGAAUCCAUCGAUUUCAAAUUCGACUCCAGAAAGCGCAAGGCGGAUGAAAAACCAAUCGAAGAACCGGCCAGUAAAAAAGAAAAGCUUUCUAAGACGGGUCGAAGUCUCGUAGAUCAGCUUAAGGACGAACUAUCAUAUUCAAAGUUCGAAGAGAUCUUUGAAGAGUUCGAUAUCAUACAACUUAAGAGCCAAGAAGAUGCCAAAGAAGAGAUUACUGAACCACCUACCCUGAAAAUAUCCUUUGAUUUGCAUCUCCACAACGAGGGCUUCAAGAAGAGUUCACCAAAGCCGCCAAACUUUAAUGUUGUAAUUCUCCCAUCGCAGACGGCAUUUCCCACCCACGACGAGAUCGCCAAGAUGCAAACUCAUCAAACCGCACCACUGCUCGUCAUAUCCGUGAGCGAGUCGAAACAGAUACAGGCCUUUCUGUACUAUAUAAGUUGAUGAUUGCCCGUACUGCGGAUGUGCCACCUCAAUAAAUUGUGUGUGUUAAAACAUCCAAA